AUGCCAGCCGCGAUCGCGAACGAAGCGCGCCUCAGCCUCAACCUCAGCCGCCCACGCCGCAACAGCAACCGCGUCAGCUAUCCCAGCAUCACCAACAGAGUCCGGUCAGCUAUCCUGCGCAUCGCGAAUACUCCUACCCACACCCGUCACCUGGUAAUCCCCCAUCACGCGAAUAUGAGUACCACGCUGCGCCAUAUCACCAAGGGCAUCCGCAGUCGCCCUAUCAACAGCCGCCGUAUCCACAAGGUCGCCCAGGCCCGCCGCCUCCCUUGA